UGCAGUACCACCACAAUCACCAGACAAUCUCAGUUUCCACUUGCUCCCGGACCUGGGCCCGAUAUUCGUACCACACACGGUACGUUAGUACUUUAGCCUUCAUAUGCGCGGCCUCGUCCCGCGAUAUGCUGUCGAACAGGCCAAACUCUGCCGAGCCCGCCAAGGCCGACCAACCAAGCUCCCGUGCGCGAGCUGUUGACACUGCAGGACAAAAGGACCCGACGCGGCGCCACUGCUGGGAGUGUCUUCGACGCUGUCUUGUCUGUGACUCGACCAAGCCUGCUUGCAAGAGGUGCACUGCCGCAGGGGCCGUCUGCCCCGGCUACGGCAAUGUUAAGCCGACCAGGUUGAGGUGGUUGGCGCCCGGGAGGGUCACGUCUCGUCCCAACAAACUUUGGGCAAGGGCCAAACCUCCAUCUGACGAGAAGAGGCAAGCCGAAAAUGGGACGCCACUGCCCCAAAGCAGCGCUCUGCCCCCAAGCAUACCCGAAACCACGGGCCUGCCCAUUCCACUAUGGGAAUUGAGCCUGAGCAUCGACGCCCAUGCCUUGGCCCAGGCUGCUGAUUACUUCAACUCUCGCAUCUACCCGGACCUUGUUCCAAUGCUGGAGAUGGGGAACAACCCUGGCGUCUACCAGAUUUCCCCAUCUCUUGUUCGAGCAGGUGCCUCGUACCCGGAAUAUCUACAGCUUGGUAUGAUCUGUAUGGCGCUCAAUCACCGAAUGAACCAGAUGGGGAGUCACGUACAGCGGAAUCAGGGGGCGCUAGCUGAGAGGUUUUAUCAAUUCCGUGGCAACGCCCUCCGUUCCCUCAGAGUGCAUCUGUACUCUACACGCCAUUGCACCAGCGAUUUCGCGAUUGCCGGCAUCAUCACUCUUUUACUCAUCGAUUUACAAUAUGGCGCCUCCCUCGGCUGGCGGGCACACCUAGAGGGCGCGACCAGACUAAUACAGCUUCGCGGCGGGUUUUCCACGGUAGCCGGAAUUGAAAGCCUUGAUCCCUACCUCCUGUGCCUCAGCUUUGUGGGCGUCAUUGGAAACACGACAUGUCCCGUCUCGGACCUCACCAUGACCGACGCCCAUCUCGAGGCACUGGACAUCAUGCAGCACAGAUACGGUGCGGCCAUUUUCUGCUUUCACGCAUGUCCACCACCGCUAUUCGCCGAAAUCACUCGAAUCAACCACCUCCGGAACCAACUGGGCAACAACGGGCCCACCGCACCCGACUUGAUUGCGAGCUUCGCACACGAGGCGUGCGAGAUCCUGAGCCGCAUCCACAAGUACUCAGCAGCCCACUGGGCAGCAUCCAAGCCUUCGUCCAGGGACGACUGGCGGCUCAUUGGCGAAAUCUACCAGACCGCCGUGGCGCUGUACUGCGUCUCGUCGCUGCAGAGCCUGUCCCUUUUCCCCGUGACGCAGGCAGUGCGAUCUCAGUGCGCCGCUCACGGUCAGCAGCUUCAGAUGCUUCUCAAACGGGCAGUGGCAUCUCCGAAACUAAACAGGUUCACGCUGUGGCCGCUCGUGGUGCUCGGCGUCGAAGCCGCGCAUGAUGGCGGGGCGGCAGCGCGGGAGUUUGUUGCAGACCGACUGCCGGCGCUUGCGCGCGAUAUUGGCACGUCGGCGCCCCUGACGGCGAAGAAGGUGCUGCGGACUUUUUGGAGUUCGGGGGAGACGAGAUGGGACGCGUGUUUUGAUAGACCGUAUGCGUUCCUGACGCAGAUUGCGGUGGAUACAAGCCGGCUUUGUCAGUAAGGGAUACUAGUCACUAGGAGGUAUGGCUAGAAAUCUAGAUAGUAGAUCAACACGGGCAUCCGAGAGACGCUGUAUGCAUGUAGGUAGGUAGUAUAGACAGGGGUCUGCGGCCAAAACAGUCCAACAAAUACUG